AUGAGUGUCUACCAUCGGUAUGCCUCAGGGGAAUACGAUAAGACGUAUUUUGAAAAGGUAAGCGAAAGUAGGAAAGAAGAUAAGGUUGGAGGACGAAUACAAAUUUCUCCAUUAUUAGGCCAGUUUAGCACUUCCGAUAUUCUAUAUAAAUUUAAUGAAAAAAGCAUUGAAGAGUGGUUGGCCAUCUUCCCAAAGGCUGCAUAUUUCAAAGGAUAUGAUGAAACUUUGUUUGGAAAUGUUAUAAUCAUGGUUUACGAAAACUCGCAGACGGGAAAGUUAAACACUACGUCCUUUAGUAAAUUUGGCAUUACAUUUUACGACAAUCUAGUAUUAGAUGCGAGAUCGAGAUUUUGGCCAAGCUGUGAAAAUUUAUUGCCCACUUAUCAGAAAUCCAACGUUAGAAGAAGCUUAGCUAUAACUAACUUAAAGAAUUAUAACAAGCUUGUAAAUAGUCCGGGAAAUUUUCAGGUCAACAAAAGUUGGGAUGAAACCUAUGCGGGUAGCUUAGCAAAUAAUAUGCAAUUGAUUUCAGAGAAGAAACCACAGAAAUUUGGAUUGAAGCUCUUAGAAUUAGGCUUACUUCAAACUCAUUGUAUACAAUCUACAGUUUUAGAUGUGAUUUAUGAUAAUUCAUCGUCAGAAACAAGUGAGAAGAUAGUCGAAGAGAACAAUAGAUUGGUGUUCUUGAUUGGGUCUCAGUUGGAGCAGCUAUUUGAUCCAUUAUUGGAGUAUUCACCAGAGAUUAUGGAAUUCUCUUAUACUGUACCCGUAGAUACUAUUCCGCCUCAGAUAAAAAACAACGAAUUAAUAAAUACAAUUAUAAGUGAGUUACUUACUGUUCAAACGAAUUUUACGAUGAGAUUAGUGAACUUGUUACAGAAUUUUAUCAUUCCAUUGCGUAUCCACGUUUUAGCUGCAACAUCAUCUUCAGGAAUUACAAAAAUUAAUCAAGUUUUUCCCCCUACAAUAGACGAGAUCACUAGAAUAAACUGUAUAUUGCAUGAUUCGUUGAAAAAGGCAUCGUCUUUUGGAUAUGUUGAAAUAGUGAAAGCUGUUGGUACGAUAAUACCAUAUUUCUACAAAGCAUUUAUUAGACAUGAGGCAAAUUUAAAGAACUUUAGAGAUAAUUUAGCCAAAUUUCACAGUAAAAAUAAUAAGAAGAUAUUUGACAACAUUAUGAUAAACAAAGGGAAAUUUAGCAUAAGGGACAUUGACUCAAUUGUAGCUGGGUCUUUACUAGAAUUGCCUAAACUUAAGUUGAUACUUGUCAGGUUGAGGGAUUCAAUCAUUUCUGAAAAAACGAAAUUAAGCAAUUUUGAAGAUGAUACAAGCAACGAGUUUUUUACAAUCGAGAAGUAUUUCAAUUCUGCCAUAGAUGUUAUUGAUGCAUUUGGAUUUGACGAGGAGCAUAAUGAAACAAAGAUAGAUGUUAGACAAAGGGUCUUUACACCAACGGGAAAAAUAUUAACAGAAUUAGCGUCUAACUGGCCACCCGAAUUGCAAUAUGGGUGGUUGGCGCGUAAGGUAGUUGGAAUUUAUGAAAUGAGAAACAUUAAACCUUUGAACGAUACAUUUUAUGAUUUGGAUAUUUUGAUUAUAUUUUCCGAUCAUAUAUUAUUUUUUACUAUUGUGGAUGAUUCAUAUUAUAACGAAAGAAAUAAUGAAUCAAUGAAGAAUCUUUGUGUUUCAGACAUUUUAAUGCAUUCGCUAGUGAAUGAUAAGCCAUUACCAAAUUUAAAGCUGUUACCUUCAAUGGAAGUAAAUUGUUGGUGCAACAUAAAUGAGGUAAUUACAACUACUUAUAAAGGAGUAUCCCCUAUCACCUCAAAGACUCAAGAAUUUUUAAAAUUUGUAAAUAUUUCCAAGACAGGAUUCAAAAACAACAAUGCAGACAAUUGUACUAUCAGUAAAAAUUAUGAAAUUUUGGAUGGGAGCGACAGGGGAAAUGUCGAUGGAUGCAAAAUUAUAGAGCUAAUAAAUAAAUCAACAGUACUAAAUAAAAGGAAACCAUUCCAUUUGUUUAGAUCAAACGACCCGAAACUACAUAUUUAUUCUAUUGCCCAAGAACUAUCUGCGUAUCAGGAAGAAAGUUGUAAAUCUUCUAUGGCAUUGUACUUGAAUUUACCGAUUCAUGAUCCGAAGAAAUAUUUUGAAGAAAAUCAAACUCUUCAUUUUGUAUUAAAUGCAUCUUUUAUCAAUGAUCAUCAAAUUCAUAUUGUUGGUUUUAAUAGAGCUGAAACAUUUGAAUUGAACGAAAUUAUUUCUUCUAAUGAUUUACAAGUUUGCUUGAAAGAAGUAAUAGUUAAGAAUUUUAGUCUAUUAUUUAACACGUUUAGUAAUAUUUCAAAAAUGCUUACUCAAGGAUAUGCCUAUGACAUAAAUUAUUGUGCAAAUAUAUUUACACAAAUCGAUGAAACAAAACUAAAUGAACAAAGACAAGAAAUUGCAAAAAACAAAAGUAUUGCUUCAACUUCUAAAACCAAAACUAGAAACGUGUCAGAAAUUAUAUCGAUACCAGAAGUCUACAUGAAUAAGGUAUCACCUUCAGAUACAACUAUGCGGGAACAACAUUUACAACAAAGAAAGACAGAAAAAAAGAGGCUCUCUACAAGAAGUAGGAAAGAUUCCAGAGAUGCUGAGGCCAAGGGAAUUUCACAAGAAGGGUCAGGCAAACGUAAUUCUAUAAUUAAGAAAGCAUUCAGAUCUUUGAGACGGUCUUUUGAUGGAAUAGAAAAUUCUACGCCUAAAGCCGAAAUACAUGAAAAUAAUAAUACUUCAAAAUUACAUGACAGCUCAUCAUUUUCUGGAAAAAAAAAUGAGUAUACUAGUUUAUAUAAACCUUUGCCACAAUUAAAAACAAAAGAACAAAAACAAGAACAAGAACAAGGUUUUACUGAAGCUAAUAUACCUCGAGAGAUAGACAAUGAUACUGGUAUACAAAUGCCUAGACAAUGUAACAAUUUUAUCCAACAGUCAAGAAAUACUUCAGCAUCCUUGGAUGUGAAUUCUCAUUUUGAAUUUCCACCACACCCUGAUUCACUGUUCGAAUUAAAUAACAAUACAAUCAUCUUAGUGAACGACAGUGAAAAUGAGCAUAAAAAUAGACCAGUAAAAGAGAAUAUUCUGAUAUUAGAUAGUACGAAUGGGCAUUCAUUUAAUAUUUCUAGAAGAAUGGCAAAUGAGGGUUAUGGAAAAUUUAAUGUAGAAGACUUUUACGAUGAUGGUGAGACAAAUUGGGUGUCAAUUUCUAAUGAAAAUUACUCACUGUUAAACGCUGAAAUAAGAGCAUUAAAGGAAGAAGCACAUAUGGAUACCGAGGAUAUAAUUGAAUUGAAUGAUUCAGAUAAUAUAACAGAAGACGAAAUACGAGAUGACUAUAAAUCUAAAGAUUUCGAUGCCUUUUAUACGCCCCACAAUCGACUGGUAGCACAAUUUGGUGAUAACCCAACGUCUUUAAAAAAUGAAACUAGAGAGAUGUCAACACAAUCUUUGGCAUCAUCUGAAAUUAUUGAAGUCUUUGGUAAACAGAUCGAUUCUAAUUUUAGAAGUGACUAUAUUCCAAGCUUAAAUGAAAAUUUAUAUCAGGUUAAUUCUAACAAAAAAAUUAGCUUACAAAAUGAUCAUAGGUUCUCUGUUCUUACAAGCUCAGACGAUGAAUUUUUUUCUUCUGAUGACUUUGCAAGUAGUUUGCCAAUCGAACGUCAGGAGAAUAAGAAAUCUCACUCACCAAUGAUUAUGAAUUCGAGUUCUAGUGAUGCAACAAUAAUUAAUGAGAAUUUUGAAGAAAAGCUCCUUCCAGCAACUCCUAUCGAGUGUGAUGAUGAGAGACUACCAUCAUCUCAGACACGUGAAAAUAUACAAAGUUCUUCGGUAAGAAGUGAUUCCUUUAGUACCACAUAUGAAUCAAUGACAUACUUAUCGGAGAUCUUAAAUGGUCAUUUAAACUUUUGA